GGGGGUAGCAGGGGAAGGACACUGAAGACAGGUCUCCCCACAGAGCUCCCGCAGCCACACUUGCAGCCUUGACUGGCCGUCCAGAACCUACUCCCACCUCCAGCCCCAGCUGAACGUGCACUGCUGUGAUGGGCUCUGAGCUAGAGACGGCAAUGGAGACCCUCAUCAACGUGUUCCACACCCACUCGGGCAAGGAGGGGGACAAGUACAAGCUGAGCAAGAAGGAGCUGAAAGAGCUGCUGCAGACUGAGCUCUCCGGCUUCCUGGACGCGCAGAAGGACGCAGAUGCUGUGGACAAGGUGAUGAAAGAGCUAGACGAGAAUGGAGAUGGGGAGGUGGACUUCCAGGAGUAUGUGGUGCUGGUUGCUGCUCUGACAGUGGCCUGUAACAACUUCUUCUGGGAGAACAGUUGAGCAGACAACCCCAGUGGGAAGCGCCCUUCCCCACCCUGCCAGACCUACCUCUUCACCCUGCUUCCACCUCACCCCACUUAUCCCUCCUCCCCCCACAUCCACCAAGGGCGCAAGAGUAGCAGUCCAGGCCUGCAUCUCAUCUUUCAUUAAAGGCUACUCUCUCACCGGCCA